GGCGGAAGGCGGCGGAGCGAAGAUGGCAGAGCCGGAGGCGCAGCUGCUGCGGGCCGUGGGGCUGAUCGAAAAAGACACCAACGGAGAUGUUUUGUGGGUUUGGUGUUAUCCGUCGGUAACAGCGGAACUGAGGACUCUGCUGCUGCGAAAGUGCUGCCUUACAGAUGAAAACAAACUGCUCCACACGUUUGUGUUCGGCCAGUAUAAAAGGUCUUGGUUCUACAUCACAACGGUAGAAGUUCAAGAUUCUCCAGCCUUGAAGAAGGUGACCCACUUCUCCAUUGUCCUGACAGCCAAAGACUUCAACCCAGAGAAAUAUGCAGCCUUCACCAGGAUCCUCUGCAGAAUCUACCUGAAGCAUGGAAGCCCAGUUAAAAUGAUGGAGAGUUACAUUGCAGUCCUCACAAAGGGCAUCUGCCAAAGUGAAGAAAAUGGAUCCUUCCUCAGCAAGGACUUUGAUGCUCGGAAGGCUUACCUUGCUGGCUCCAUCAAAGACAUAGUGUCUCAGUUUGGAAUGGAAACAGUUAUUUUAUAUACUGCACUGAUGUUAAAGAAGAGAAUUGUAGUGUACCAUCCUAGAAUAGAAGCUAUCCAGGAAUUUACCAGGACUUUGCCUGCUUUAGUGUGGCAUCGACAAGACUGGUCAAUUCUUCAUUCAUAUGUGCAUCUAAAUGAGGAUGAACUGGAAGCCUUAAAAGCCUGCACAGGUUACAUUGCUGGAUUUACAGACUCUGAAGUGAGCAGUAGAUCAGACCUCUAUGAUGUGUAUGUGAAUUUGGCAGACAGUGAGAUUACAGUUUCACCUGUAGUAAAAGAGGCAAUGACAAUGGGAAAACUUCACAAAGAAAUUGGACAACUAAUUGUUCAGUCUGCAGAAGAUCCAGACAAAUCAGACAGCCAAGUCAUUAAGGACAUUUCUCUGAAGACAAAAGAAAUCUUGGCUACUUUAGCCUCACUCACUGAAGUUUCUGAUGGCAAUGAAAAACCAACCCUUAGUGCUGAGGCCCUGAAACAAAAGCGAUUUCCACCAGCCACAGAAAAUUUCCUUUUUCAUUUAGCAGCUGCUGAACAAAUGCUCAAAAUCUGAUUUUGAUGCACUGCAGUGUUAUGGACCAAUUCUGAAAAAGCUGUCUCUGCCAUUCAGAUAGGUAUACCUGGUAUUUUAUAUGAAAACUAAAGGUAUGAGUCAAUGUCCUAGUUACUGAUGUAAUGCAGAAUAUUGGAGCUUGACUGGGAACAUGUGGAGACAUAUUUGGGAACAUUCCUGGUGUCAUUAUCUCCCCCAACUCUCACUGUGUACCUGUGGCUCCUGUAUUUCACCCCACAGAGCGAGUGGAUGUACAAGUAGCACAGGCCAGUGUGUCCAGGCUGUGUGUCCAUCAGUGCAGUGGCUGUUUGUCCUGCACACUGCAGAGGCUGGCCAGCUCUGACUUGUCUGCCUGGGGUCUGGAACAAGGCUGCAGCACAGCUGGGAUGUGCUGAUCUCUGCACAGGACACCUGAACAUGCUCUGAGUGCUCCUCCUGGGCUUCCAGGGAUGCCAGCCUGGUGUCAGAUGCUGCUCCUGCUCUGGACUGCCUGGUACCUGGAAAUCCCAAAUAAAUGGACAAGUUCUCUCUUUCUACUUGAAAGUGUCUAGGUGUGAAUAAAGGAUGUCUGGGAAAAUCUGAUGGGCAGCCUUAGUAUGAAAAGGAAGGGAUGUUUUGAAGCUCAGGUGUGAGUUGAGCCACCUCUUUGGGACUCUUGCCUUAGAGGUUUUCCCCCUUUCACUCCAUCCCAUGCCUCUGGUGGAGGGAUAAGAUGCAGGAUUACUGUGCUUGGAGUGGGUGAGGGUGAUGGACAAGUGCUGCCUUACAGCUGGAGGCAUUGGAGAAGCUCUUGGGGCUCUCAGCUGAGAAGAGACCUGGCCAUUCAUUCCUGAUCAUGUGACAGAAAAUCAGAUGAGUCAAAGCCUUAUGCAUCAGGAAUGCUCAAAAGGCCAGGUGCCACAGGAGGAGCAGCAGCUUCUUGGAUGACUGGAGCUGGAACACAGGUACUGGCUGAUGGUGCUCUGUGUAAAUGAAAUCUAGAUGGAAACCUCUCAAGUAAUACAGAAAACUGGGAAAGAGUUCAGAGAAAAUUAAAAUUUGCCUACUUGUUUGGUUGCACAGCCAUAAUUCAAGAAUGGGGU